UCAUCUAGUUACUUCGCAAAUUCAAUGUGUGGACGGCUGCCGGAACUGGCGGGAAAUCGUUGGCAUCAGCUGAUUUCGAACGAGAUCGUAUGCACGAUUACGAGGCAACGUUGCAGAUUACGACGGAAUAAUGGUGAUUGAUCCGUUGGUAUUGCCGAUCGAUCCGUGCGAAGUAAAAUAAUUGUGCGAUGAAUACGAUCAGCGCGGAGAAAUUUUACGGCGGUAGAGUAUGUAAGCGAAAGAAACCGAAAUCCGACACUAACUGGGUGAAGAUACACCGCGUCAUGCCGUCGCACAUAUUGGGCCCGACGCAAUAUUGGAAGGAAUUUUCCAAACAAGCGGACGCGCUGGCCGUGGCCGCCGAACGUAGCACGAAAACGGACACGCUUUGCACUUUCGUGUAUCAGCGAGCCAGCGACGGUAGCCGCAAAUUCGUCGUCGCGCAUCCGGAGGUGUACUGGUGGUACUACAGAGCCAAACCGCAGGAGCAGAGGUGUUCGUACGAGGUAAUACCAAAAGGUUCGCCGUGCUGGCUGUAUCUGGAUUUAGAGUACCAAAUCAAGUUAAAUCCCCUCUGUGAUGGCUCACGCAUGACCAAAACAUUGAUAGACAUUAUACGCACAUACCUACUCAAUCACUAUCACUUGUUGUGUGAUAGAAACAGUAUUUUAAUACUGGAUUCUACUUCCAGCGAAAAGUUCAGCAGACACGUUAUUUUUACAAUGAAAGACAUGGCUUUCAGAGACAACUCGCACGUCGGAAGACUCAUAAAAACAAUAUACAAUGAUAUCGUGCUUUACUUGAAGUCUGAUAGUUCGCAGCCGCAUGGAAUUUUGAAACCCUUUAACAAAACCGACAUUGAGGAAAUGAUCGUGGAAACAGCAACGCAUGGCAAAAAAUUGUUUAUUGACAACGGUGUCUAUACAAAGAAUAGACAUUUUAGAAUAUAUCUAUCUACCAAAUGGGGAAAACAGUCGUACUUAACCAUGUCUCCAGAUUGCACACACACUCUACUGAAUGCAUGCAAAGAGAAGGAAUUGGGAAUCUUUUUGGAUUCCCUGAUAUCGUACUUUCCGAACAAGCCAAAUUUAAUUCUGCUAGAAUUCCUGAAUUGUAGCAACGUGACGGCUCAACUCUAUUCCAAAAUAUUAACGCAAACUGUUCGCAAGGAUGACAACCAGACAUCACCAUAUCCUGAAAUAGAUAAGUAUGUUCGCAGUAUCAUUGAUCCUGGCAAGAUACGUGUCACUAAAUACUUCGAUAAUACCAAGACAGUGAAAUAUGAAAUUUAUGGUAACAGAUUCUGUGAGAACAUUGGCAGGUGGCAUAAAAGCAACAAUGUAUAUUGGAUUGCGGAUCUGAAUAAGAAAGAGAUAUACCAGAAGUGCCACGAUGAGGAUUGCUCGGGUUUCUCGUCUGUCCCAAAAAGCUUACCAGAAGAAAUUAUUUUCAUGUUAGACACAGAAGGGGAUAUUCUCAUAUCCAAUGUUACGAUAGAUGGAAAUAUUAUAUCUAAGAAGUAGUAGUAGUCUUUUUUGUUAUAAAUAUGAAUAAAAUUUAUAAAAAUAUA